CAUUUAAUAAUGAUCACAAACCUUUUUAAUUAACCAGAAAUAAGUAAGACAAUAAUCUCAAGUCUUAAUUUAAAAGACUUAGCCAAAUUAAGCAGAUGUAAUCGAUAUUUCAAAAACUAACUUAAUUUCGUUAUGAAAAAGUAUUUAGAAUAAAGAUUAGUGCAUUUUAUAAAUGUAAUUUUAUUUUAAUAUUCUUUUAGAGUCUAAGAGAAAUUUAUAAUUUUCGUAAGAAAACAAUACCUGUGUUACCAAAAGAUUUGUAUAGAGUACCAAAAAAUAUGGAAAUAAAGAUAAAAGAAAAAGGGGUUCAAAUAAUUAAGAUUUAACUCAAGGAUCUUCCAAAAGAAUUUGUUAGAUUAAAUUGGCAAUCAGUUAAUAUUGAUGGUAUUCUACCAGAAGAGAGUAAAUUAAACACCUAAGAAAAUAAAGCAUUUAAAUAUAAUGAGAAUUAUAUUGUAAUAAAUAGAUCAUUGAUUGAUUAAGGAUUGAAUUAUGAUUUUUUAGAAGUAAACGAAGAUUGUUCAAAAGAAAUAUUAGAAAAAAUAGCUUAAUCUUCAGAAUUUGCAAAUUAUUAAUUAAAUGAUAUGCAAAGUAUAUUGAGUAGAUAAAAAGAAAUACUUGAGAGAGUAAAUUAGAAUAAGUAAAAAGUGAUAAAGUAGAAAUAAGAACAAGAACCUAAUUUAUAAUAAUUAGACAAUGUCUAAAAAUUUGCAAUUAUCUUAUGCCAUGGUGGAUAUUUUUGUUUAGGAGUUUUUGAUAAUACAGGUUGCAUUUAUCAUAAAAGUGAUCAUCGAUAUGUUGUAAGAGGAAAGGCAGGAGGCAGAUAACUUAAUAAAGAUUCACAUUCAGGAUCAAAUAUUAAAUCUAUUGGAUCUCAAAUAAGAAGGGCUUAAGAAAAGAAACAUUAAGAAAAGGUUAAUAGUAUACUUAAUGAAUCAUUACCAAUUUUGUAAACAUGCCAAAUUCUGUUUCUUUAAGCUCCAGGAAUAAAUUAAUAAUUAUUAAUCUAGAAUGAAGAGCCCUUAUUCUUAUUAAAGGAUAAAAUAAGAUCUAUAUGUUUAACAGCUAAAAAGGCAAAUUAUACAGAAGUUGAAAGAGUUUAUAAAUCAAUAACAAGUGUGUAUCUAAUUUAAAAGGAAGAGUCUUUUUUCUUUUGA